UGUAUUAAACACUAUCUAAAAAUCCUGGCUACGCCGCUGAAAUAGGUCUGAAUCCGUGCCACGUAUAGUUUGUCAUUUUCUGGUAAGGCCACUAAGCGAGUUACUAAUGAACGUUCGUUAAAUAUUAAAGUGCUUCUUAAUUAAACUGGGUAUAACUCAAUAAUCUAGAGAGCUUCAAAGACACGUUUAGAAGGACAAGAAGAACGAAUAACGAGAGAGAAGAAUCUAACAGUGCGCAAAGAAAUGCAUCUCCAUACAGUUGCCAUGGUGACCAUUAUAGUUCCAUGGCUUUGCGUGUUGGUGGUGUCAUCCCAAGCCAACAGAUUUAUCUCAAGAGACGAAAAAGAACUUCAAUUCGCGAUUUUCGAUUUUAUUGAUGAACACAAGCUUGAGGCAGAGCCUGUGAAAUCUCGCUAUCGAGUCAGCGAAAACACCUGUACGUUUGAGUGCCUCGACGACCCUUCUUGCGAAUCCGUCAAUUAUCGUCAUGACGAAAGGGCAUGUGACGUGAUGGCUACAACGAAAUACAAUGCGCCGCUCCAAAAGGUCAGCGGCUACAAGCACUUGUUCAUCAAGUCUGCAUGUGAUUUGUCCCCUUGUCGUCAUGGAAGCUGUCAUCCAUACAUCAACAAUGGCUCAUACCGCUGUGCAUGCAGUGCGUACUUUACCGGCCGUGACUGUGAUACAUGCACAGGCCCAGCGCUAGGAAUGGUGGAUGGUCGGAUCAAGGCCGAGCAACUGUCCCAGUCUUCCUAUUUUCAGGACAUGCCGAAAUACGGCCCAGACCGCGCGCGGCUCAAUCUCGAUACAUAUCCACACGGAGCCCAUCUUAAAACCGGUGACGUGGAUGGAGGCUGGUUCAAUAUUGCCCUGAACACGACUAAAACCAUCACUGCGUUUGCCAUGCAGGGCUAUGGCAACCCUGGAUCGAUCGAUUACGUCAUGACCUUCAUGAUUUCCACUUCUUUUGAUAAUUCCUCUUGGUCAUUCGUCGAACACUCCCCUGGAGUAACAAAGAUCUUCCCCGGCAAUACCGACAACAAUGGCAUCGUCACCACCACAUUCUCGCCGCCUCUGAUUACUCGAUUCUUCCGCAUUGUGGCCAAGACCUGCGCAAGAGCAUGCGCAUUUCGACUUGAAGUCUAUGGCUGCGAGGCAUCAACUCCGUGAACGAAUUUAGAACUUUAAGGUGGACAAAAGGGUUAUGGAACCUUGCUAUGCCUAUGUUUGUUUUUCGCUAUGUUUACUCGGUGUUUUUCGCUAUGUUUACUCGGUGUUUUUCGCUAUGCUUUCCCUGGUGUUUUUUGCUGUGUGCCGUAUCGUGGCCGUGUCCAUCGUCUUCUUCCCAGCUUGCACACGACGAGAACAAAACAAGAUGGCCGCCAGAGGAAGGACAGAGGAGGAUUCUGACAUCCCUUCCCCCAAGCACCCCGAGAAUCUCCCCUCCCCAAGCACCCCGAGAAUCUCCCCUCCCCAAGGACCCCGAGAAUCUACCCUCCCCAAGGACCCCGAGAAUCUCCUCUCCCCAAGGACCCCGAGAAUCUUCUCUCCCCUAGGACCCCGAGAAUCUUCCCUCCCCAAGGACCCCGAGAAUCUCCCCUCCCUAAGGACCCCGAGAAUCUCCCCUCCCCAAGGACCCCGAGAAUCUACCCUCCCCAAGGACCCCGAGAAUCUCCCCUCCCCAAGGACCCCGAGAAUCUACCCUCCCCAAGGACCCCGAGAAUCUCCCCUCCCCAAGGAACCCGAGAAUCUCCUCUCCCCUAGGACCCCGAGAAUCUCCCCUCCCCAAGGACCCCGAGAAUCUACCCUCCCUAAGGACCCCGAGAAUCUCCCCACCCCAAGGACCCCGAGAAUCUCCCCUCCCCAAAGACCCCGAGAAUCUCCCCUCCCCAAGGACCCCGAGAAUCUAUCCUCCCCAAGGACCCCGAAAAUCUCCCCUCCACAAGGACCCCGAGAAUCUCCUCUCCCUAAGGACCCCGAGAAUCUCCCCUCCCCAAGGACCCCGAGAAUCUCCCCUCCCCAAGGACCCCGAGAAUCUCCCCUCCCCUAGGACCCCAAGAAUUCGACUAUAAAUGUUUAUUAACAAAGAAGUAGCCCCCUUUUUGCGGGGGUGGGGGGGGGGCGGAGGUUAAACAUGAGGUACAAAAAUGUAAAUAACUGGCACGCUGAGGAAGAAAUCACUAAAAUAGUAUAACACUCAAAUAUAGAAGAAAAGCAGAAAGGCUAGUUGGGUACCGAUGUUUCUGUAUUUAUUAUUUUCCUGUAUCCAAUAAGGCAAAUGUUGACAUCACCGGAAACUCUGAUCUAAUAGGAGUGAUUUUAACCAAUAUUAAUUUGGUUUUUAGAUACACGUUUAAAUAAAGCCCAUAUAUGAAAUACUAUCCUUCGAUAUUAAAUAAUAUGUGUUUAAUAACUACUCUUGCAGCUGAAUUACAGAACUAGGUUAAUAACAAAUAACCAAAAUACAAAUUACCAAUAGCUUAUUGACAUCACAAGUAACCGAUUUUAAGCUUCUGUCUGACCGCAGAGACGACGCAUGCUCCUCAUUUGUUGGGAAAUAUAAAGAUGUCGCUCCUAUCAGUUACCUUAUAAGGAGCGACAUUGUGGAGCAUGGCAACUUCGUUACUGCAAAGUAUUGAUAGAUCACUUCUGAAUUUACCAAUUUACGAAAUUACCUUAUACUUGUUAACUAUUGUCAUGUAUAUAAAUUCACUACAAGAUA